CACCGCUUCCCGGACAAAAUGUAACCGCACCGAGCUGCGAAGAAACACCAGAGAGGAUUCGUUUAUUCUUCUGACUUCAAUAGAAUCUGUUUCUACUGAGGAGGAAGAGGAAGAGGAGGAAGAGGAGGAAGACCAGUGUGAGCUGCUGGAUCCGGACUCAGACUCUCCUGUGUGAAUCCAUGGCGGGUGUCUGAGCUCCUCCUCCUUCUCGCUGCCUGACUCCAAACUGACAGAGGAGGUGAAGAUAAACCAGGUUAAAGAUGUUGAUCAAGGGGAGAGUCUUCUCCUCCUCCGCCCUCCUGUCUCCAGGACGGGAGAAGGCAGCGCUGCAGGUCAACCCUGCCGACGUCCCCGCCCUGGAGAUCAAACUGGGAGCGCUGGUGGUCCUGCUGUCCGUCACAGUCCUGUUUGGAUUCGCCCCGCUCUGCAUCGUCCGAGGAGCGGGACGCUGCAGUGUGGAUUCAGAAUUGCGGCGCAGGCUGCUCAGCCUGAUCAGCUGUUUUGCUGGAGGAGUGUUCUUGGCCACCUGUCUGCUGGACCUGCUGCCAGACUACCUGCAGGGCAUCAAUGAGGCCUUCAGCAACGCUGGAGUCACACUCCAGUUCCCUCUGCCUGAGUUCAUCAUGGCCAUGGGCUUCUUCCUGGUCCUGGUCCUGGAGCAGAUCGUCCUGGCCUUCAAAGACCAAUCGUCGUCUCACUCAGAGGAGCGUCGGGCUCUGCUGGUGGAUUCCACCAUCCAGGCGAAUGACAGGAACAGUCGUCACCACUCCCACCGCCGCCAUGGCUCAGACGAGUCCGACGGCAGUCACUUCCAUGUGGACUUUGGCUCCCAGUCUGCCCUGCGCGCCUUUAUCCUGGUCUUCUCACUGUCUCUGCACUCAGUGUUUGAGGGUUUGGCGGUGGGGCUGGUGGAGGAGGGGAAGGAGGUGCUGGAGAUCUGUUUGGCACUGAUGAUCCACAAGAGCAUCAUUUCCUUCAGCCUGGCCUUUAAGCUGAGUCAGGGACGGCUGCGGCGGUCGGUGGUGGCCGGCUGCCUGCUGCUGUUCGCCGUCAUGUCCCCGCUGGGCAUUGGUGCGGGCAUCGCCCUCACCGAGACCAAGGCGUCCCCGCAGCACCAGCUGGCUCGCUGCACGCUGGAGGGGCUGGCAGCCGGAACCUUCAUCUACAUCACCUUCAUGGAGAUCCUGCCGCAUGAGCUCAGCUCCGGCAAGAACCGCAUCCCCAAGGUGGCCAUGCUGCUGGUGGGCUUCGCUGUCGUCACUGCCGUGCUCUUCAUUAAAAUGUAACCAUGGAAACAGACAUCCAGCAAAAAUGUCAGAAAGUCAUAAAAGGAGUUUACACGUCUGACGGCCAGCGUCUCAUCUGCUGCCAUGUGACAGUGUUCAUCAUGAAAACAGGUCAGAAUCAGGCAUCCAUCUUUUCAAGGUCUUUAACAUCGAGGGAAAUAAUGAAAACGUGUUGUAGAAAUCAAACACGUGCAGGCGCUCGCACACAGGGUUUUGUUCAUGCGAUUUAUAGACGUCACAAUGAGUCAUGUUAUCAGCUGGAGGUGCAGCUGCCUCUCCCCCACAGGGCUGUAGGCUCCAUAGGAGUGUUAAAAUGUGUUUGUCUUGUUGUGUUAUUGGGAGCCAGAAUAGAAGGAGUCAUGGCUCAAAACCAGCCGCCACUGCCCGUCAACAAAAACAAAGACAACUAUGGUUAAAUGUGAUAAGACCAAAGGACUGGACGGAGGCCAUCAUCAAAAAUGCUCACAUGUGCAGCGCACACUUCAUAUCAGGUUAGGGAAAAAGUAUUUCCUGUUGUAGGGAUGAAUAAGGUUAUGUGUAUUAAGGGUUAUCAUGUCCACCUCAUCAGAAACUGGGGAGGGAUUAAGAGGAAGAUUGGAUUUCUCUGCAACGCUAACUUUUUAGCACAUUAGCUAACGUUAGCUUCCAUAGCAAAACAAACAAGUGUGGUCCUCCUUUGUAAGAUUGGCUUCCUGUGACAUCAUCCAUCCACUGAGUGAGAGCAUACGGGUCGGCCAGUCUGGUCCCGUUGGUCAGUGUUUACUUAUUCAAGUAACAGUGAAUUAAAGUAAAUUGCCACCUAGAAUCUGUGAUCUCAGUAUCAAACAGUGUCAUGCUCAGUGGUGGAAAGUUACUCAGUGCAUUUACUCAAGUUUUGAGGUACUUGCACUUAAUGUAAGUUCUGCUACUUUGUACUUUAGUUACUUUGCAGCUUCAGAUGAAUAAUUCAAGUAUUAUCUCUAAUAAAUAAUAAUGUAUAACUACAGAUUAAAGUACCCAGCAGUCUAUAAAACAAUUAGAUUAAUGUUUAUUAUUCUAAAGUGAGUCUGCAUAAUGAGUACUUUUACUUUUGGUGCUUUAAAGGAAUUCGUCACCCACAAUAUGACUAUUUGUAAUUCAGUCAGUCGCGCUGUGUGACUUUAAGUUUUUCUCACCAACCCAGUCUCACUUCAGAGUUGUUGAAAUCUGGUGCUUGGGCAGUGACUUGCAGCGUCAGACACUGACGAAAAAGUCGUCCUUUACCAUUGGCAUGAUACGCAACCAUUCGUAUAAUUUAAUGGCACUCUGCGGUGUUAGGGGGAAACAGUGGGACAAGAACGAAAGUUAAGGCGGCAAAAGUCCGACUAGGGCGGGUGGGAGUGGUGCUGGAUGGGUCCAACAAACAUGGACUUUCACCUGAGAGAGUGGUGUUUGUGUCCUGUAAGAUUCUAAAGCCAAACCCUGUUCUUUUUUCCUAAACCCAACCACGUGUCUGUUGUUUGCGUUGUUGAAUGGACAGAGUGCUUUUAUUUUGAAAGAGACUGUAUCAAACUGUACAUUUCCUGUGAAAACAGAAGUAUAUUUUGAAAACAGACAAUGCAUGUAACAGGCUGAAGUUGACACGGCGUCCCAGAACGUCAACAACCAACACACCCAGGGUACCUUGAACGUCAUAUGUGGACGUGGAAAGUCCAUGACCAAACGUGGACAUGUGACGAGGUCACAGUGAGGAUAUUGUUCUUGAAUGUCUCCAUGGUAAACAUAUUGAUUGACUGGGGACCACGUUUAACAACAGCAAAACUAUAUGAAAACAUGUUUCAAGAAACACAAAGAACAAUAAAAAUAAAAUAAAGAUAAAAUAUCACUGGAGCAGAUCAGCAAAGUUAGACGCACUGACGAUGGAAACUUGUAAUUUAAAGUAAGUACCCUGAUCACCAGAGGUGUCUCUGCUUAGAUAGUUUUAAAUAAGUUUACGUAACUUAUUUUAGCUUUAGUUUUUCUCCUGUACUGUGGUGCGUUCACUGACCUCUGACCCCUGACCCCAGCCUGAACCCCGAACUAUCAGAUCAGAUGUGAGUUCUUCAUGCACAGGAGCAUUGUGGGAUACGAGUGUCAGCAAGCAGCUCAUUAGUGCCCGUCUCCAACUUCUCACGUCAUCACAGAGGUCAUAUUUUAUCUCCACAAACAACCAAAUAUCUGUGACUGGAUCAAACUGUUGAGUUUGUAUCUGUGAAAUGUUUCCUGGCAGAUCUGCCGACAGUUUGAAAAUCUGUCAUUUCUCCUCUUCUUCUUCUUCUUCUGUGACGAGACAGACACAAAUCAACUCUUUGUCUUCGUGUUCAGCGGGAAAUUUUCCUCCUUUCACUUCAGUAGAAAACAAGUCUUUUAUUUUGCCGCGGCUGCAGAGAAAGGCUGAGCUGGACAAUGAAACGCUUGUUGUUGUUCAGUCAGAGGGAAUUUACCACACUGCUGCCUGGAAACCUCGUAUCUCCUAUUCAAGAUCAGCUUUGAUUUACUUUAACUUCAUUCAGUUUAAUGAGCAGAGAAAGAUCAUAAAUGUUGUGCAGAAAUCAUCAAGAUGAUGCUGACCUGAUGUCAGCGAAGAGUUUUAGACAACAGAAAUGUAUUUUUGUAAUUAAAACACCAAAGUCUUUGAUCCAAAGUCAUUUUAAGGACCGCAGCAUUUUAAUCCUCGUGUUGAAUGUGUGAAAUAUGUGUCAUAUUUUGUAUUGUGAUGAUGAUGAUGAUGAUGAUGUGUGAAAGAAUUCAACAUAAAAUAGUUUUUC